AUGGGCUCGAAUCAACACGAAUCAGGAGAAAGCACCAAUGUUGCCGGAUCCAUCCCAGCUAACGAAAUCAAAGCAUUGAUAAAAGAGCCGCCGCCAGAAACAAACGAUUUUUAUUUCCAGCAAACAAUGCUACGUAUCAAAGAUCCUCGGAAAACGUUGCCAUUUUAUUGCAAUAUUCUGGGAAUGAGAUUACUGAACCAAAUGGACUUCCCAGAAGGAAAAUUUUCCUUAUAUUUCUUGGGCUAUAAGCCGGUAUCAGAAAUCCCCAGUGAUCCUAUAGAGCAGAGACGUUAUGCACUUUCGACAUUGGGAACAAUUGAAUUAACUCAUAAUUGGGGCACCGAGCACAAUCCGAAUUUCAGUUAUCAUAAUGGAAAUAAGGAACCACGCGGUUUUGGUCAUAUCGGUAUAGCAGUAAAGGAUGUAUAUGCAGCAUGUAAACGCUUUGAAGAAUUAGGCGUUCAGUUCGUGAAGAAACCCGACGAUGGUCGCAUGAAAGGGUUAGCAUUUAUUCAGGAUCCGGAUGGUUAUUGGAUCGAAAUAUUCAAUCCUUAUACUGUAUAA